GAUGAUAUUAAUGAAUGUACAGCCACACCCCCAAAAUGUGCAGCAGCAGAUCAAAGUUGUACCAACUUUCCAGGAGCAUAUCGCUGUAGUUGUAUCAGUCCCAGACAGCAACUUAAUGCUGACGAAUCAGCAUGUAUUGGUAUGUAUAAUAUUAAUUAAUAUUUUUCAUUUGCCUGAGUCUUUCACAUGUCUUUAAAACCAAAACCAAAACGUCAAAUUUUUGUGCAAAUCUUAAAACAAUAAAUGUUUUUCGCCUUAUACUGUAUAUAUUUUUAAAAGAAUGGGAAAGAACUUAAAAUUCCAAAUUUUUCUGCACUUAUUCCGUGCCUAUAGUCUACCUUUAUGAUACGUUGCCUUCACCAGCCCGAAUUUACCUCAGGUCCCGUUUACAUGAAACAGGGACGAAGUCAAAGCGGAAUGAAAAUUGAAAUUGCCAACAUGUUCACUUUCAAUUAAUGCCCCUUGCCAGGCAAUUUUUUUUAAAAAAUGGAUUUUGUUAGCAUGUGUUGUUCCAAUGUCCGUUAGGUUACAGCCGAGACCACUCUGUUUAUAUUCAUCCAAGUCUCAUUCAUGCCUGCUUGAAGUCAGUUAGCUGAUCGGUCCAGCAGGCGGAAUGACUUGAGACCGGUUUGAGUUAUUUUCGUCCCGGUCUCAUGUAAACAUCUAUUAUAAAUAUAAUACUAUGAAAUGAAACAUAAUAGUUCUGGUUUGACUUCGUUCCGGUCUCACGUAAACGGAGCUUUAAUUACCUUACCCCAACAUGACUCACCUUAAUACACAUUUUCUCGCCCUACCUCAUCGAGUCAUAUCACUUUUUCUUACACAAUUCUACCGUCCACAGGUACAUUCUACUCAACCAUACUUUAUUUUAUUUUACUCGUUGGGUAUGGGGAAAUUUAAGCCCCCCACCCCACCCUUACUGCGUCAAUCCAGGACGCUAUAUCACCUUAACUCUCCCUACAGUAUUUAUGCAUCCAUUUAAAUAAAUUUACCAUAUUCCAUCUUAUCCUACCUUAUCUUACUCAACCUACUUUGCCUUAUCUCGCGAUACCUGAACCGUACCUUACCUCUUUACCUUACCUUACCUUACCUUACCUUACCUUACCUUACCUUACCUUACCUUGCCUUGCCUUGCCUUGCCUUGCCUUGCCUUACCUUACCUUACCUUACCUUACCUUACCUUACCUUGCCUUGCCUUGCCUUGCCUUGCAUUGCCUUGCCUUGCCUUGCCUUGCCUUCCCUUCCCUUCCCUUGCGUUCCCUUCCCUUCUCUUCCCUUGCCUUCCCUUCCUUUACCUCACCUUACCUUACCUUAACUUACCUUAACUUACCUUAACUUACCUUAACUUACCUUAACUUACCUUACAUCACAUCUCAUCACAUUACAUUACAUUACAUUACAUUACAUUGCAUGAUUAGCUUAUCUUAUCGCCUUACCUAGCUCAUGCAUCUAGCCUUAUCUAGCUUAGGAAUUAGGAAUUAUUCAAAUUACAUUGCAGCAAAAGCUGAAUUACGUAAUAGUUACAAAGUAUUAUGUAUUAAAGUGCUGAAUCUAUUAGCAUUAAAAAGAUUAAAAAUAUUAAAAAUUACAGCUAGCAUAUUCAACACGACUUAUUGAACUUAUUGCACAUGGCAAUGAUAAAUGACUUUUUAGUCCUAUUUGUUUUAAUAAGAGGAAUAUUAAAAUUGUUUUCGUUUUCUAGAAUGUGGCCCGAAUUAUGUUUUUCAGGAAGUAAAUGACGAAUCUUAUGAUUUGUAUCAAGUAUUACAGAUUGAAACGAAUUGUCACAUAGAUUUUCAUCACAAAACUUCACCAGUAUUGACUAAUCACACCAAACCUCAACCCUCAUAUUUUGCUACCUUACCUGACCUUAUCCAACCUUAUCUUGCACUCUCAAGUUAAGCACUUUGGUUAAAUUCUAUUGCAUUAUUCAUUAAGUGGGACAAAAAUUGAAUGAUGUGGCUAUUGAUGUGUUUAUUAAAUCUAUCCAAUUUCCACAACUUAACUUAUCUUGAAAUUAGAUACAACCGAUUAUUUAUCUCCCUAGAUGUGGUGGCGUCUGUCCAGGGUGGCAUAAGGAUUAUAAAUCGUAAUUUCGAACCAGAGUAUAAUGACACCACCAGCGCAGGAUACUUUCAAAUUACUCAAGUAAUCAUCGUUGCGGUAUGGACAUAAUUUGUGCAGUUUUAUACUUCAUAAAAAACGUAACAGUAUUUACAAAUGAAUGUUUAAAAGACCAAAGCUCACAAUAAUCUACUACAAUGUACUACAAAUAUUAUUAGAAUAUUAAUGGCGUUUCAUCUUUUAGUUGGAGGCAAAUUACAGAAACACGAGGUUUGGAGCUUUCUUUGUCGGAAUCAUUAUUACACGAAUAUAGUAAGUGGUUCAUUUUUUUAUUCAGCACAAAUAUUGUUUACCUAGUACUUAAUAUGAUUAAUUUUCACAUCGGAAAACUCGUAACUGACAGACGCAUGCAGAAUUUGUUUUGACUCAACUAUAUAUCAUAAAUUAGAAAGAAAAAAAUAGCCUGCCGUUUGGUCGGGAAAUCUUGGCAAUGUCAAAGUGGCCAGUGUAGAUAUAGUCAGAGUUUCAAGCCGGUUACAGUCUUACAGACGAGCAAGUUUUCUAUGGCAAUUGCAAGUUUCCAUAUUUUUAAAGUUUGCGAGUCCAAGACGACCAUGCAGGUAUAAUAUCAGAUACGAUUUCACUUUAUCCUUAUCCUUAUCCAAUGCAUGAUUACUUAUAUUUAUAUGUCAUGCUUCUAAGUAACGUUUUACGAUUCUAAAUUCCAACAUGCGAGCACCUGAAACAUUACCAAAUUAUACAAUAUAUGCCGACUUUUGAUGUUCACCUAAUAUAUAUAUAUAUAUAUAUAUAUAUAUAUAUAUAUAUAUAUAUAUAUAUAUAUAUAUAUAUAUAUAUAUAUAUAUAUAUAUAUAUAUAUAUAUAUAUAUAUAUAUAUAUAUAUAUAUAUAUAUAUAUAUAUAUAUAUAUAUAUAUAUAUAUAUAAUAUGUGUAUAUAUAUAUAUAUAUAUAUAUUGAGUUAAGAGAGACUUCUUAGUUUAAAAACAUUUAAUUGCUACUCUGAGUUUCAUGCUUCUACUGAAGCAAUCGUCAGGCAAAUGCCGAUCGGAGAUGUUAGAUUACAUGGCAAGUUCAUUGAUAAACAAAUUACAAUAAAUUUAAAAUGCUAAAAAGUCAUAAAAUCUAAGUACUAUGUGGGUUCAUUGUCUCUACAUUACAUGUUCAUUGUUGUAUUGUUUCACGGAUGGAUUAAAAUAUUGUUUAUAUGCUAAGUGUUAAAAGCUAUGGUUCAUCGUUCUAACUAAGUAAUUGCAUUGUCCAAUAAAAAUUUCUUUGAAUGUCCACAUUCCGACAUAAGUUCACUUCUUUUGUUGAGCGUUGCAGUCUUACGUUGACGUAUUAUGUAAUAUUUCUCCCACAGGCACAAAUAAGUAAGACAAGCUAGAUAAUACACCAACGUUAGCAAAAAAUCCAACAACAAUACUCGAAUCGACCUGACCGCGGUGCUCAGUUGGCAGAGCAUUGGGCUAGUAUUCCAAAGGUCAUAGGUUCGAAUCCCACGGUGGUCAGGCAUAUUUUUCAAGCCUGCCUGGUGUGGAUACACACUCAGAGUAACAUCACACAAGCAUCUAAUUCACCUGAGUACAUUACACCAACACAGCAAUAUCAGAAUAUAACUUGCUUUUUUCCACAGUGAUAAGCUGUGGACCUUCCAUGAUUUCUUUCACUCUCUGUUCGGCAUCAUACAUUGCAUUUACAAGCGGUGGUUGACAAUACAACUGUGUUUGUAUAAACUUUGCAUUCUCGCCAGGAAGUACGGGUUGCAGUGAAUGAACAAACUUUAAACAUUCACGCAGAGUCAAACAAAAAUAUGCCAAAACAUGAUACGUAUGUUCUUUGCGAGACCCCUGCUUUGCACUUAGUUCAACAGCAUCGAUUAAAUACAUGAAAUUUUGUAACAAUAAUCUGGAAUCUUUUCCAGUAAAACGAUAAUCAAAUGCUUUACCAUUUGCUCCAGUUUCGUUGAACCAUCUCACAAUCCUAUUUGCAAGGCGAGAAAGUUUACAUUUUGUUUUCUUUGCAUUAACAUACGGUGCAAAGGGUGAACUGCCAGGAAUUUUGGAAAAUAUUGUCUCUGUUAAAUUUGAAUGACUAAUCACUUCAUUCAAAAGAUACGUAUGGGCAUGAGCACAAGCAUUGUUUUUUAAAUGCAAAGGGUCUACAUGUGCACGGUCUACAAUGUUCCCUAACAAAGGUUCAAAUUCCUGUCUGCUCUUUUUCUCGGCAAUGAAACUUGUUACUUUAUUCCGUUUGGUGGUAUCGGACAACUUUGUCUUGGAAAUUUUAUUCUUUAACUGCUCAACAGACUUAACAACCUUCAUCCUAUCUGAAUAUUCCCAGGACUUCCAUGUGUUUUUGGCCUCCCUACCAAAUGUACCAUGAAUAUUAUCAGCGUUGUCACCAGAUACGUCAGCAAAUGACGAGAAACAUUUUGCACUAUUACUUAAUUCCCCUGCCAAAAAUGCUAUCAUUUUCAUAUCGUUCGGGAGUUCACCGAUUGAAAAUCUUACAAUUACCUGUUUACAAUCAUGAGUGCAGCUUAUUGGUUCCUUCUCAAGGGAAUAUAUAUCAGCUAGAAGCAACUUAAUAAACCGUUGAGCAGGAAAAACUACUGAAAAACACAUUAUUGUGACGUAGGCUUCCUGAUUAAAAAUUGCUUGAAUUGAAUUGAAUUGAAAAUACAGGUUUCACUGCAGUUUGCCCCAAAAAGUAAAUAAUUCUCGUUGCUGCUUAAUACCCCUCUCCCGAUAUUUAGAAAACUAAUCAUUCAUGCACAUGAGGUGUCAUCCUUCCCGAAUGGUGCGCCAUCACCUCCAAGAGAAAUAACAAAUGUAUUAGGUGCACCAAACCAGUUAAUCAAAUGAUCGCUACAUCCUGACAGAUAGAACUCUGCCAGUUUAACUAUAGGCCGUUGGAUGAGGGUCGAAAAUGUUCAAUUCCGUAGCACCCCUCGUGUAACUACAUAAUUUUUACAUGAAUGGAUAGAUUAGAAUUUACUUAGUUAGAAUCCACUCCCCCCCCCCCCCCCCCCCCAAGCGAAAUAGUUGCACAAAUUGAAGUACAACCUGUUCAAAGUAUACAGGCUUCUUCGAAUUUUGAAAUCCGUGAACCGCCAUUGUUGUGUUGCAAAUACGCAUGCGCUUGACCGCAAAACACUUGAUGCGCACGCGCAGAUUAGAAAAGCUGAUCUCAAUCCAGGACUGGACAAACCUGGACAAGAAAAAAUUAUAAAAUGUGCGAAAGCAGGGCUGAAAUAAAACAAGAUGACAUCGAAGUGUUUUAAAAAUAUAUGAUAUUUUUACGUUCUGUUCAUUUUAAUGGAGUUCGCCAAACAUUCUUGAGGCCAGGAACACUUCCAAGCCAACAUUACAAUAAUAACUUAUUUCUAGAAAAAUAUGAUUGAUUUUUAUACUACAACAAUCACAUAACGUUCGCAAUUAAUUUAAAUAUUAUCACAAUCCUAACCAUUCAGGACCGUACACAGCGGGGAGACAGCGGGGGGGGGGGGGCAAUUGUCCCCUUUAGAAAACUAUAUUUGCGAUUUUUAGAAUGUCAUUAAUUAUUCUUCGGGUAUCAGUCUGAGUCAGGUAAUCUGUUGAUUUUGUUCCGAUUUGGUCUUGAUGCUGUUGGAUACCAAAUUUAAAUUUACUUGAAUGAUGGACAGUGUGUUGCGGAAAAGUUGUCAAUGCUCAUUAGAUAAGGCGGAAACUCCCUUUCUCUUGGUAUGCGCGCGUUGUAUGCGCAAGUUAUUAUAAUUAGAUAUUUAGAUAGCAAACGUCACGAAAUGCUGUUGUAUAACAAUACCUCCUAUAACCUACAAGGCUGUUUCCUUUUCUGUUUUUUUUUUAUAAACUGAGAAUGAUGAUUGCACAAAUUGGAUUGGCGAAAACAGUUUAAGGAUGAAAUUGGUUGAUACAAAAACAGAGUCGUAAUGAAGUUCCAAUCAGUGUAACCAAUUGGUAGGUUGGCCCUUUAGGUUUGGACCAACCAACUUUGACUCAAUAAAAUUGACGGGGAAAGAUUUAGAAAAUAAAUAAGGCUGUUAGUUAUCGUAAUUUCUCUGUUUAACACCACCUCCUCCCCACCCCGGCCCUCUCCUGUAAGCAAUUAAUGUAUAAAAGCGUGAAGCAUGAAAGUAUUGUAUUUGAAAGAUAAUUAUGAUAUUUGACUGGAAAUCACAGUACCCUAUGUUGCAUAUUUAAAGAGAAUCAAACCAGUGCAAACAGUUUCUUUGUAUAUAUUAGAAACACCCCCACCCCCUCCUUCCCCCCAAAAAUGAUAAAUUACGGUAUGCGUGUCCUAGAAUGUUUACAGGGCCGUACGCAGGAUUUUUUUCACCAGGGGGCAGUAAGGUCUAUAUACCGAAAAAAGUCCCAAAUAUCCGAAGAAUAAUUAAUGACAUUUUAAAAACCGCAAAUAUAGUUUUCUCCCCUUUGAUGUCAUCUUUUUUAUUUCAGCCUUGCUUUCGCACAUUUCAUAAUUUUUUUCUUGUCCAGGUUUGUCCAGUCCUGGAUUGAGAUCAGUUUUUCUAAUCUGCGCGUGCGCAUUAAUUGUUUUGUGGUCAAGCGCAUGCGUAUUUGCAAUACAACAAUGGCGGUUCACGGAUUUCAAAAUUCGAAGAAGCCUGUAUACUUUGGAUAGGUUGUACUUCAAUUUGUGCAACUAUUUCGCUUGGGGGGAAGUGGAUUCUAAAUAAGUAAGUUCUAAUCUAUCAUUCAUGUAAAAAUUAUGUAGUUACACGUGGGGUGCUACGGAAUCUGUUUUCUAAGCAUAUUUUCGACCCUCAUCUCACGGCCUACUACCUUCCCCUUGAGACUUCGAUAACAUCCACGUACUUUGUCACUUUCAUUCAGUCCAUCGCAAAGUGUGUCAUAAACAUUAAAAAUUCUACCCAAAUCUAUGGAUUUAACAUAGGGCAUUAAACGGUUAUGGGGGACAAGCCUUGGCAAAGGUCAAUGAUGAAUGGUUAGCCGUAAGCGUUUACUAUUACUGCUAUCUACAUUGUAACAACUAUCUUUAUAAAGCUUCCUAUACUUUUGUUUACCUGUAAUACCACUGCUAUAAUAUACUGCAAUGCUUCUCACCAUAUUUUCCACAGAUGAUUUAUUUGAUUUUAACUUCUUUCUAUAUAUGCAAGGCAACAAUGAAUUGACAAACUUUGUGCUUGAAGACAUACUAUUAACUAAAAUGUCUUUCGAGCAUUUAGCUAACGCAGUAUCUAUAAGACCAAUUGCUCCAGGUGCUGAUAACUCAUCCUUUCCUCCAUGAAUUUUUCUAGCUGCCUCGAAUCUGGCUUUUCUUCUUUUCCUGGCUAAUGCUGCACUUACACUGAUCUUUCAAUCUUGAGAAUAUUUCAGAAUCCUCCAUCUACUCUUUUCUGUGCUAUUACUACCAUGUUCCGAACUACCCCUUGCUUCCUGAUCUAACUCAUCUUUCACUUCCUGCAAACCCUCAACCUCCUUCACAAUCUUCUCGACCUAUAUAUUGACAAACUAUAGUUCAUGAACACAAUUGAUUAUAUCAUGUUUAGCACGGGAGGUAUAACCCAAUGUGUUGCAUUGCGUCCUGAUGCGCCCUACUUUAUUAUUUUACUAUGUCUAAAGGCGUUUUUCCACUAAUCGCAAGAGUCAACUCGCAAGCUCGCUGCGAAUACUUUCAUCCAAUCACAAUACCCGACAGUUUAUCACAAUCAGAUGCAAACACUCGCAGUGAGGUUGCCAGGUGGUUUUUGCGAUGAGUGGAAAAGAGGCUAGACGCCAGACAAUUUUACAUGUCAUGGGGAGAGCGCUGGCACGUAAUGGGUUAAACACAGGCUUUUGAGCCGAAGCACAAAAUUAAAGGUGAUUGGUCAUUUUGCUACACACAAAAUGGUUUAGGGUUGGAAUAGGUUUUGGGUAGGUUUUGGGGGUAGGUGUAGGGUUUAAGGAUAGGCCGGUUUAGUGUAGGUUUAAAGUUAGGGACAGGUUUAGGGUAGGUUUGGAGUAGGCGUAGGGUUUAUAAGGACAGGUUUAAGGAAGGUUUUGGUUUAGCGUUUCGGUUAGGUUUUGGCCUUUUCAGUUAAUAGGAUUAUGUUUUGUGUGUGUAGAGAAAUGACUUGCAGCGAAACGACUGGUACGGCAUAAAUUUAACAAAACAUAACAAAAUUUAAGUACCUUCUCGUCAAGCCUUUGACAUUUCCCUUUCAUUCUGGACUGUUUUUUUGUUUUGUUUUGUUUUCCCAAAGUAACCACAGAAAGUUCGUCCUCAAAUUCUUUUAUUCCACGGUUCUUCAUGACAAUUUCCUGCCGUAAACGUUUCUUCUCCUUUGCGAAAUCACCAAUAUUAAAUUUCGGCAUAGCGACGAGCGAAGCCCAAACGUAGCUCGCGAAAUUCAACGAAAUACGGCAACUUCAAAGCCAAAAAUUAAAAAACUAAAACCAAGGCAUCUUGGUUUCAUAUCAAGUGAUUGUCUUUCAGCGAUAAUUAACGCUUUAACGUAAACAAUAAAGAAUUUACACCAAGGGUCAAAUUCAGUCUUCGCAUGAAGAACAACUAAAGGGCCAUAAACAGGCAAAAUUCGAUUUGAUGUACUGACGAUUAGAUUGUACUUCGUAGGUCAAGUUUGGUAUCAAAAUGUUCCUCGUUAUCGCAUCUGUUCAGAUCCGAUUACACGAUCCAAGUCCGAACAUCUCCGAUCACCACUAAAGGCAUUGAAUUUAACAGAUAUUUCGGGAUUUCAAAUCAACACCAGGCUCCAAAUUUGCUACUCGGCCGUGCAUGCGAAUUAUUACGCAUAAGUUAUCGUUUUUGGAACAUUUUAUGCCCGACGUGUAUAUUAAUUUCGAUAACAAUUUUGCCAUAUGAGGGGCUGGAACUAAUCUUAAUGCCUCUAUUGUAUCACCCAUGUGGAGGGACGCUAAAAAAUGCCUAGUCAGCAAGUUUUGUCCGAUCUUAUUUAAGCUUGCACGCGUGACGUCAUGCAUAUAGUUAUGACGUAUGCUAAUGAUGAUGCGCCACUACCACACACCACCACCGCAAAAAUCCGGAUCGACCAGUACUUGUAUUCCUACUCUCAUGUAUGACCUAUCAAAAAUUUAUUAAGCUAGCAUUUCAUGAAUACAGCUACAUUUAUUUGAGCGACGUGGCUCCUAUAGUUUUUUCGCUUUAGUAAAGCAAACGCCUGAACUUUUGGGCCAUCAGGUAUUUGUCAUUUUCGGUUUCGUUUAAUGACACUGCGAGCGGACCUCCUUUCCACGUGUUUAGAGUUCCGGGUUUAUAAGAAGAUUUUUUCAAUACAAAAAUCUUCUUAAUUCUUACAAUCAUUAUAAGAAGAUUUAAGACAAUUUAAGAGAAUUUUUAAUUUUCAAAUAAAAAAUAUGAUGACGUCAUUUUUUAUAUAAAUAAUAUCACCUACAAUAUAUAGAUACUAAAAUAACUUAUAAUGUUACGAUGCACAGGAAUAAGUCAUGAUAUGUCAUAAAAUCCACUUGCCGCACUAUCGUGGGCAUUCAUCAAACUGCAGGUAAUGAGGUACAGAUUAUAUAGAAUUAUUUAACACUACAAAAUGUUACAUUUUUUUAUUAAGGUACAUUUUUUGUACAUUUUUUAAUUAAUAUAUAAGAAAUUUGGUCCAAAAAACUUUUUAUAAUAAUAUAAGAUGUUAGAAGAAAUAGUAUAAGUAUAUGGCAAAACUCCCAUUGGUCGAAAUCGAUACGCCUGUCAAUCAAAUGUGAUACGUAGUAAUUAUUCAAUUAAUUAAUUCCCAGACUGAAUGUUGAUUUUAUAAAUAAACAUGACAUUAACGUUCCUAUUGGAUAGAUUUAAUUGGAUGUAAGUAAUGUUUAUGCAAAGGCGGAGCCAACUUGACAAGAGCGAAAAGUGGGCGUAUUUCGUUUCUUGAUAUGUUGUUGGCGGUCCCUCUUUUCUCCCGAGGGACUGCUCGCGGUCUAUCGUUUAAUGAUCUUUCCGCCAUUGUUUUUGUUCGAAACCUCUCGGAGGCAAUGUUUUUUAUGUUACCAUGGCCUUUACUGACGACCUAAGAGACUGUGGCUGCAAAUAUACUCGCUCAAAGUCGUGGGAAAAUUGAAAGUAGAUUGUUCACACUGUGUUGUUGCGAAAUAUAUUGUUGGAAAUCGCAAUAGUUGGUGGACAUAUUGAACAACCCUCUCGUUAUUUCAUUGUGAACCUAACUUGUAUGUUUUCAAUAUUUGCAUAAAAUAUCGGAGCAAUUAACGUAUUUUUAACUAUAUACAUAUAUCGCGAUUUUGAAACUUUGAAAAACAAACGAAUUAAUAUAUAUUACAGUUGACUUCUCUUUUUCUGAUUCGUCGAACAAUUACUCUUUCGAAUUUAUAAUACUUUCCAGCCUUCUUGGUUGAUUUUGUGUAAGAAUCGGCGGUACUUAAAUUAGGGACCGGUCAUAAAGUAUUUACUAUGGGGUGUGGAGGAUAUUAUGGGCGGGGGGAACCCAGAACCUCUGAGGGGGUACGAAAAAAACAACAGAACUUCUAAGGGGUACCAAAAUUUUAGUAUUAUAUCAAUCAAAUCAAUCAAUUCAAAUCAUAUAGGUAGGGAAAAAAUUACAUUUUAUAAUUGUUGUUGAAUAUUGAAUGUAUUUGUGCCCAGAUUUAAGUUUUGAAAGAAUUGUUUUACUAUAAUUAUUAUUAAAUCAAAACAAACUUAUAUAUGUUUCAAUCUGACUCAAUGUCAGAUAAUAAGUAGGAUUCAGUAUCCGUGGACUUUUGGAGUACAAAUCUGAUACAUCUGAAUUGUCAAUGACAAUGCUAACAAGCUCACACCAUUAGAACCUGUUUAAAUUAUUUAAGGGGGGUAUGAAAACUUUCACUUAUAUUGAAGGGGGUUACGAAAAUUUUUCCAUAGGUCUUUGGGAGGGUAUGGAAAUAUGUACUUGAAAUUUCAUUUAUCCUCCACCUCCCUCGAGUAAUUACUUUAUGACCGGUCCCUUAUUUAGUUCAUUAUAAAACCGCUAUCUUGAAAUUACCUGCAUUGAAAUGAGCCUGCAAUCCCAUGCCGUUGAGUGUAUGAAAUUUCUAUGCAUGUUUGUUGUAUACGUAGCUACACAAGCUUAAUUGAACGCGUUUCUAUUUCUAUCUUGCAGUCCAGGAUCGGUGGGCGUCGACUACGUCGCAGGGUUUAACAACUCAAAUGGAGUAAAUAAUCAAAAUUUACAGCAAGAAUUGAUCAGUACAUUGAACUAUACAACUAAUGGCACGUUUCUUGGUGAUAGCGACCUUAAACUAAGCGAGGAGACUAAUCGAACAAAAGUGGCUGAGGCUUUGACAUUUCAAGGUAGCUGUGGCAUGCAAUCUUAUAUAAAGCUUAUUAGUAUAAAUGUUUCAAACCAAAUGAACUUCUGCGCGUUUUAAUUGGCUAGUUGACAAGUGAAUCUGACGCAAUAUUUACUAACAGGCUGGUAAAUAAUGCUUUUGAAAAGAAUGGUUCGGCAAACUUAAGCUUGCUUCAAAAAUUGAUAAAAUGUUAAAACUUUCGUCUUCAGAAAACAAUCCCCGACUUUUUGCAAAAACUUGCCGUGUUAUUGUUUUAAAACCAUUUUGUUAUGUAUCCUAUAUACAUUUCUUGUUUUAUUGUGGUCUACUGUAUCCUGAUCGACUUUCUAAAUUGUAUUUUCCAAACUUGUAAAGUGAAAAGUUUAUUAUGCAAUUUUUUUUUGAGCAACAGUUUUAUUUUAUCAAAAUUUUCAGACUUUUCCUUAACAAACUUAACCAGAAACUAUUUUUUAAUUCCAAGUUUAGUGGAAAAGUUAUUUUGUCAUUGUGUUUUAUAUUCUAAGCAGAGAUUCACCGAUAAAAACAACUUUGUAAUAAAACAAUAAAAUCGAACAGGAACACCAAAAACGUUUGGAGUUAAUUUAACUUUAUGCUUGAAAUUUACAGUAAACACGAAGCUCUAGGAAGAUGUUCUGUGACUGGUUGACUAUGACAAUGACAAAAGACGUAAUUGGCUUACAUAAACAAAAGGAAUAUUGUUCUUGCUUCCCGGGUUUCUUUUAAGAAAAAUUUAGAACUGCACACAUAGGAAUGUUACGAAGGCAAUGGGUGUUUGACUAGGGGUUAGAAGUAUUUUGUACCUGCAUAUAGGUGACAUAAUAAUGGUGUGGUUGGGUGGGAGAAUUGGAGAAAGGCCAGACAAACUCGGGAUUGCUCACGAGUGUUGAGCAGAGCGGUCACGAUUUUUGCUGUUCCGUAAAAGAUCUUGAAAUUAGUGAAAUAAGAGUUAAAAUCUCGAAUAAAUAUAAUGGCUACAGCCACUAACGCAUUAGCUACGGCAAAGAAAAUGAAGCCCUGAAAGAAGAAAUCCAACAGAUAAUGACGAAAUUACAACAUCUAGAACAAAACUUCGACACGAAGAAGGAAGCAGACGGUAUGGGUGCUCAUAAAGAGGAAGCCGUAUCAUCAUUAGCAACCAGCAUGAUGAAUUGGCUGGAUUCAAAACUCAUGCGAUGAAAGAAUUGAAAUCCAUAAAUGCCAGAGUUGACCAAAUUUCCACUAGGUGUAACGAUAUAGCUAAAUGUGUCGAAGCGAUGGAGGAGUAUAGCUACCAAAUUAAUGUCAAGAAUUGUUGGUAUGCCUCUAAAAUUAGAGAAAGAAAGCCGGGAAACGACGGCUAAUUUUUGCUUACAACUUUCUGCAGCCGUGGGCCGGGGGUUAAAGAUGUUUCAUUACAAAACAUUGAUAUUGCUCAUCGAGUUGGCGCACGCCGAGCGUCUUCAUGCCCAAACGCCAUAAUCUGUAAAUUUGUUCGGAGACUGGCAAAAAUAAAGUAAUGGAGGCUACAAAAAAAGCAUCUAAACUGCAAGCUGUUCAACUUGGGUUCUCCUCGGGUACUUCUGUCGAACAUGUUAAUAUUUACGAUCACCUAACACCGCGUCUCCGGACACUAUUGUAUGAAGCAAAACAAGCCAACAACUACAAAUUUUGUUGGGCUAAAAACGGCCAAGUUUAUUUACGCCAAACUGAGAAUUCAAGUAUUAUCCAACUGAAGCAUAUUGGAGAUUUGGCAGCGAUUGAUCUUACACGCCAGAGCUAAGUAUUUAAACUACGUUAAAACGAUUAUUGUAAUAUAUCAUGUCGCAUAACUCAAAAUGCCUUCAAUUACACGUAUAAGGAUAGUAUAAAUGAUAUUAUAUCUCUAUUUCAAGAGUUGCCCUAUAAUAAUGUAAAUAUUCUUGAAUGCCAUGGACAAUUUAAUAAUAGUAUGGCCACAAAUUUACCCACAAAAAAAGAACUGGUCAAGUUAUGUAGCCUAGUAUUUAUGACUUAGACUUAUUUAAUCUAAACACGAACUCAAACAUAAAUCCAGAUUGUAAUCUACCAUCUAAAUCUAUACGCAGCAAUUAUUACUCUCCUCAUAGAUUUUGCGAACAAAAAGUUCUUAUAAGAUUCCCAAUUCAUGCCUUUCAUUUCUUCAUAUAACACCGUAAGGAGUUUGAAGCGUAAUUUGGACCAUUUUCAAAACCAUUUGUUGCAUGAAUUAGACCACAACUUUAGCAUAAUUGUGAAAUAUCCGAAACAAGAAUAAUUAACACAGGCUUUCUUGAUUUCAAUCCGAACAUUCCGGGAUAUAAUUUUGAAUACGUCCCGACUCCACUCUCCGCAGGGGGAGUUGGAAUGUGCAUAGAUGAUAAUCUAAACUAUACAGGGUGUCCCAAAAAAAAGUGACACUAUAGAAAUUAUCUCAUUGUUCUUAAGCCGCUCUUAAACGCGCGUAAUUACACGCCCGGGAAUUUAAUGAACUUGUAUUUACAUUUAAGCAUUUUAAAACGUUUUCGCUUUGUCCAAAUAUUUUAACGCCCGAGUCAAGCAAAACGAUUACACUAAUAAACGGUUUGCUUUUUUAUUUUAAAUUCCAGAAGCAGAAGUUUAUGCACCUGUGGGAUCAACUUAAUGCUAGGGCAUUCAAAUUAUAACAAUAGGAUAAUUUCUAUGGGGUCACUUUUUUUUGGGACACCCUGUAUAGAAUAAUUGAAAAAAGUUCCAAUGAAGCGUUUCAGGCUCUUUGGGUUGAAAUUGAAUUUACUGACAAAGCUAAUAUUAUAUGCGCAGUAAUUUACAGACAACAUAACUCGCCAGAGUGUUUCCAAAUUAUUUUGAAGAUAUCAUAGCGAAACUUAGUACCUCAAACAAGCCAAUUUAUAUUCUUGGAGAUUUUAACAUAAACCUUCUUCCAUUUGAAACUUGCAAAUAUGCUCACAAUUUCUUAGUAUUAUUACAAAGUUAUGGAUUUAGUCCAACAAUAGACAAACAAACUAGAGUGCAUAACAAUUUUGCCACACUUAUUGAUAACAUGCAUUCUAAUAAGAAAUGGUAGUAUCUUUGUAAUUAGCGAAAAUAUAGUGUCAGAUAUUAGCGAUCACUAUUUACAAUUUUGUAUUAUACCAUCUAUUACAUAUAAACCAACUGACAACGUAUCAUUUAACAACAAAAUUCGUGAUUUUUCUCUCUUUUCCUUGACCCCACUUAAAAAUCAUCUCUUGGGAAUUGAUUUUGAUAGUUUAUAAGGACAAACACGUAAUGAUAUUGAUAAAAUGUUUUCAAGUUUUUAUAACAAGACUAAUAAAAUAAUCAAUAAACAUGCACCAUUAAAAUCCAUAUCUAAGCGUAAAACAAAACAGCUUUUAAAACCAUGGAUAACAAAGGGCUUACUCAAAUCGAUAAAGGCGAAAAAUAAGCUUUAAUUUUAAGGUAACACAGAAACAUAUUAAAAAUAUAGAAACAAGAUCUCCAUUUUAACUCGUAUAAAUAAGGAGCAAUAUUAUCAUAACUUAUUUCUAAUAAUAUGAAGAAAACAUGGCAGGAAAUUAAUAAUUUAUUAAAUAAAAAAAGGAAAACUAAACAUACUAUUACUCAAAUUAAAAGACUUAGUAAUGGGAUAACUAAAAACCCAUGUGAGACUUCUAACAUAUUUAUCAAACAUUUUGCAACUGUUGGUGAUAAUUAAGCUAACAUCCCAGCUGCCUUAAUCGAAACACGCUUAUCAUGAAUAUUUAAAGAGUCCACCCCGUCCGGAUCUUUUUCAUUAAGUCCAACUACGCCAGAGGAAAUACAGAAUGAAAUAAAACUAUUAUCUUACAAUAAAGCUUAUGAGUUGUAUAACCCGAAAAUCCUAAAAUUUGCUCAAUCUGUUUUAUUCAUAACUUUAUUUAGAAUUAUGGACAGAUCUAUAGAAAUUGGAAAGUACCCGAGUAACUUGAAAUUUUCCAAAAUUGUACCUAUAUAAAAAUGACGAUGAUGAAGAUUCAGGAAACUAUAGGCCUAUCUCUCUUUUCUCAAAUAUUAAUAAAAUUCAGGAGAAGCUGAUGUACAACAGGUUUGCCUCUUUUCUGAAAAAAAACAAUACCUUGUUUUUUACUCAAUAUGGUUUUCGUAAGAAACACUCGACACAGCAUGCUCUUCUAGAAAUAGUUAGUAAAAUUCAAAGUAAUAUGGACAUUAAGUUAUUUUCUUGUGGUAUUUUUAUAGACUUGCAAAAAGCAUUUGACACCGUUAACCAUACAAUUCUUAUCAGUAAAUCAAAUUAUUAUGGCAUAAGGGGUGGUAUUAAUAACUGCUUUUGUUCGUAUCUCAAUGGAAGAUCACAGACAACUCAAAUAAGUUCAAAAAUUUCAAAUAAAGAGCUCAUAUUAUGUGGUGUCCAACAAGGCUCAGUUCUGCGUCUAAAGACAUGGCUGAUAUCAAUGGUUAUUUUCAGUCUGUAUUUAAUAUACCCGAUGACAAUGCAAACCCCUCGGUUUCGCCUACAUGCAUAAACACAGAAAACUUGUUAUCAAACAUACAUCUUAGUGCAUCGGAAGUAGAAAACGCACUAAAUACCAUUGAUCCAAGCAAAGCCUCAGGCCCAGACAAGAUCACGGGCAGACUUCUCAAGGAAAUUGCUCCACAAAUCGCUUGCUCUCUUUACCGCGUAUUCAACCUAUAUCUAUCAUUAGGUAUGUUCCCAGAUCGAUGGAAGUUAGCAGACGUGACCCCAGUUUUUAAAUAUGAUGAUCCAUCACUAGUUAACAAUUACAGACCUAUUUCUCUAUUAAGUCUCCUCUCAAAAUCUUUGGAAAGGUGUGUUCACAAUCACUGUCUUGCCCACAUAUCUCCCCAAUUGUAUCGUAUGCAACAUGGCUUCUUGAAAGGAAGAUUUACCGUUACUCAACUUCUUGCGGUUUAUCAAGAUAGCAUUGAAGGCCUGGCUGAAGGUAAAGAAACGGACAUAAUCUAUUUGGGCUUUAGCAAAGCUUUUUAUAAAGUGCCGCACUCUUUUCUUAUCAGAAAAUUACCUCUCUUCGGCAUAACAGGCGACUUAUUACUUUGGUUUGAAAGUUACCUCUCAGGAAGACACCAACGAGUUACCCUGCAUGGACUAUAUUCCGAAAGUCUUGAAGUUUAUUCCGGUGUCCCACAAGGUUCUAUUCUAGGGUCACUCUUGUUCCUGGUUUAUAGAGAUGACCUGCCAGGGUACAUUAAAAAUAAGUCCAAGAUUGCCCUAUUUGCUGACGACUCCAAACUGUACAAGGCCAUCUCAAAAUUAUCGGGUUCUGAAGCUCUUCAAGAAGACCUUUCCUGUCUUUCUGACUUUGGUAAAGAUUGGAAUACAUCCAAAUGCAAGGCUCUAAACAUCUCCAGAAAGAAAUCCUCUACUGUACGGAAUCACCAGCUUAAUAACGAAUCACUGCUCACUGUUAAACAGAUCACUUACUUGGGAAUUUCCAUCAAUGACAAGCUGCUCUGGUCCUCGCAUAUCGCUCAGAUAUCCAAACGAGCCAAUCGCACUUUGGGUCUCGUGAAAACAUUGUGCAGGGAUUUUCUGGAUUCCGAAACCCGCAAACUCCUAUAUUGCCAAAUUGUUCGCCCCAUAAUGGAAUAUGCAAGUGAACUCUGGUCACCAUACACCAUCAAAUAUCAGAUGAUAUUGGAAAACGUGCAACGCAGGGCUACAAAAUUUAUAUUAAAUUAUCCUGACGAUCUCAAUUACAAACAGCGCCUCCUUAAGUUAUCCUUGUUACCUUUGGAGUAUAGAAGAGUUUCGAAAGACACGAUUCUUUUAUUCAAACACAGACUAGGCUUAAUAGUUCUAGAUCAUCCCUCCCUACAACAGUACUCUGCCCAACAUCGUGUAAUUACCCGUAACUUUUCCUCCCUGAAUUACAAGACACAGCGAGCAACUCAAAAUUACCUAAAAUACUCCUAUUUCCACCGUGUCGUUUCCACCUGGAACUCACUACCACUAGAUAUCAAAAGUUCAACAAACUUGGUAACUUUUAAAAAGCUAUCUCAGACUAUUAUACGAUGAAAGUUGAUUCUUAUAUUCUUCCAGACGAAAGACGUACUUAACUAAUUUUAGACUAAGUACUGUAGUAACUCCUGUUGUCACUGUAAAGCUGAUAACUAAUUCAAUAAAUUCAAAAUUCAAAUUCAUAUACUAUUUUAAUAUAUAUAUAUUAAUGAUAUGCGUUAUUUAUCUAAUAAGUUGCAGUUUUUCCUUUUUGCUGAUGAUACUAAUCUACUCUAUGCAGACAAAAACUUAAAAUCACUUGAGAAAGUUGUGAACAAAGAAUUGGAACAUGUUUCUGACAUAAUUGCAAAUAAACUGACCUUAAAUAUUAAGAAAUCGAAUUAUGUCAUAUUUCGUUCUCAUAAAAAAAGCUUGAUUAUACUCCUAAUCUCAAAGUCUUCGAUCAUAAAUCUGGUACUCGGAUUUCGCUUGAAUCAAAGAUUUUUAUUAAGUACCUUGGUAUCUUAUUGGACAGCAAUUUAUCUUGGAAAGCACACAUAGAUUACAUUAGUUUAAGGUAAUUCCGCAGUAAUUGUUCCCAAAAUGAGAAUGUGCUAAAACUUCCCAGACAUGGAGUUUAUGAUAUACUUAAAGUAAAAUUACACAAAAAAGUCGGGGUCACCGAACUCGUUAAGAAGAUAUGAAAUCACAAUAUACCACCUUUACCCCAAUAUGGCGCCAUCUUGACGCUCAUGAGCUACGAGUAACAGCAAACUCACAAGAUUCCAAUAUUUAUUGACGUUUUUAGCGCGGAUUUUGCUUUAGUAAACCUAUCUUGUAAUUAUUUUUGAAAAAAUAUUGUCUUUUGAGCAAAAGGAAACUACUAACGUGUACAAUUCUGAUCCACAAAUGUCUUUUGCACAUUUCUUUUGCAUAUCUUUCUUUGAGAACAUGCAUUGAUAAAGCAUUUUUUUCAAAAUCCAGAAAUGAUUUUUCUUUUAAAUUCGGAUAUGAAAUUGCGCAGUAAACGUGCCCAAUGCAAAACUACGGAUUAACCUUAAAGAUUAGCAAAACUAUCGGCAUAAUAUCAAGAUUAAGGUAUUAUUUACUCCUACCAAUUUUAUUGAACAUUUAUCGUUCUCUUGUAUAUCCAUAUUUAACUUAUGGACUAGUAGUUUGGGGUGAAACAGCUCAAUUAUAUCUUAAUAAAAUUUUACUCCUUCAGAAGUAUGUUCUGACAAUUUUGAACUUCUCAACGAACAGAGAACAAGCAAUACCAUUUUUUAUUACCUCUAAUGUUCUUCCAAUAAAAAUGCUCUAUUAUAAUCUAAUUGAACUCCUCCUAAUAUAACCAACUUAUUUAAGAGGAUAAGCUCAAUCCAUUCUUAUAACACUAGAGCACCAAAAGCUGAAAACUUCUAUUUCCAAUAUUCGAGGCUAAACUGUCAGAGGGAUUAUUUUUCCCGUGUUGGUACGAAAAUAUGGAAUAAUAUUCCUGACAACUUACGUAAACAAUCUUUAAUAUUAUUUAAGAAAAGUAUUCAUAGAAUUCUCUUGCAAGUUCUUGUCGAGGCGGAUUUUUAUGUUGAUAUCUCUGAAAUAAAUUAUAAGAUUACCAAAAUUCAAAAUAACUAAAGGGAAUUUACGAACAUUUAUAUGAUUGACUUCAGUUAGUUAUCCAAGGCAUGACAAAUUUAUAUCAAUACUCGGCAACAGUUUUUACCCAUCUUUAUAUAAAAAAAACUUUUUGGACUUUAUUUAUAUGCUAUUAAUAUCUAACUAUAAGAAUACCCGCCCAGAUUAGCUUAUGCUAUUUGCGGGUGUGUUAAUUUAUGUAAAUGUCAACCUAUAUUAAUUGGAUAAAAUUGUAAUUGUAAAUAGUAAUUUUGGGUGCGGUCUAGAGGUUGUUAAGUUCUGGCAAAGAUUUGUUUUACCCAACCACUCACUUGUCAAAAACUGUUUCAAAACAUGUAACUGGGAAUCAUGGAUAUUCAAUAUAUAACAACUUUAAAUUUGCAUUUGAGGCAGCAAAGAAUAUACGGUUCCCACUCUUAUCUCUUUUGGAGGGCUUCGCUCGCCCCAAUUUUAUUACCUUCUUUUCCACUACCCAUGCAGCAUGUAAGUGUUUUGUGAGGAAAAUAAGAUGGUCGAGAGUCCUCCCCCCAGAAAUCGUUAAUAUUUUUGAUGCUGAAUUAAUAACAGCAUUUCUGGAAUUUUCCGGAGCAUCUACAAGGGUAACAAGUAAAUGAGAAUACUGUUUUAAUUAAGACUAUUUUUGUUAGUUUGGUGACUUUACAUUUGUGUUUUAAGAACUGCACAAAUGGGUUUAGAACUGCACAUUUUGUAUAAAACUGCAUGUUAAAAUAAACAUUGCUGGCUUCUUUCUUUAGAAAAUCCAUUCUAUAGCUUAUUCUUUUGUCAUUGUCAUGAUCAACUAAUCACAGAACAUCUUCCUAAAGCUUCGUGCAGACCCAAAAUUUACAGUGAAGCCAUUUUGAAAGCUUGUGUGCAGGGCCUCCCAGAGGGGGGAUGGGCAAAGGGGGGAAUUUGCCUCCGACCCUAGUUAAAGUGCCCCCAAAGAUUUGCAAAAGGGAGGCACAAAAGGUGUAACUUUAGAAAAUAGUAUGAGAAAAACAAUAAUCGUAUGAGAAAAAAUUUUUAGACCUUAAAUUUUACUGGUAUUGGUCCGAAAAAUUGUGUUUUACUCGUCUUUUCACAGGUAUUGUUUCUAGAAACACAUUUCGAACUUUUUUAAUAUUUGGAAGUAUUUUACACCCCCACCUGCUCGCCAACAUUUUGGGAAAAUUAGGGGGCCCGAAUUAUAAAUUUAUCCCGGCCCCCCCUACUUCUCUGGGAAGCCCUGCUUGUGCGUACAAGAAACACUGCAAUACUAAAAUAAUUCUUAAUUAAAUUGAUAUUUGGACAUGUUGUUUUAUUUUGUUAAAAUAAUAUACUAAAACAAUUAUUCGCCUCAAGCUCAGUGAUUAUUGGUGAAUAUUUACCUCAACAUCGUCUCGGUAAACAAUAUACAAAUAAUGAAUGUUUAGGAAAGCAAUGGUAAAACCAUUUUUAUGUUUCCAUUUGAUGAAGGCGACAGGCGUUUGGAAUGGAAAAUUCCAUCUUUCACCGAAUGAAAAUAUUUUUAUUAUGCACGAAUGAAAACCUUCAUUAUUGUAAACGUGCGUUGGUGUAAGUGUCUUAAUGUCUUAAUGGGACUUUACUUUCAGAUUACGACGAAUGCAAUCCUGCAGUGUCUGUCCACACGCCUGAUUGUGGUAACAAUGCAACAUGUGUCAACACAAAUACAAGUUAUGAUUGUAUCUGUGAUGCAGGAUUUAUUCAAAAUGGCACCGGAUGUAAUAGUAAGUAUGACCAUCCUCGGUAUUCCACGGAAAUUGUGUGUAUACGUUCCUUUUACAGAUUAAUAGAAUUCUAAAAUUAUGCUAAUGUGAUAUUGUUCGAAAAUCGUAAGGUCACGUGAACAUUUUUCGCCCUUGAAGACGUCCACAUGUGGUAAACACUUGGUCAUGCUUCCAAAAAGAAAGUCCUUAUCAUAAUGGGCCACUCAUAUGUAAAGCUAAAGUCACCUCAUCAAAUCAAAAUCUUCCAUCCUCUUAUAUCACAUAAUUAUAUAAUAAUAUACAUAAAGAUAUUACUCGACUGUGAUUGGUUGAUUUCAGUGCAGUUAAUUCCGAACAGCAGUGCAAUUUUCUGUAAAUUAUUAAUAAGUAAUAGCAUGGUUUCUUGUGAAAUUUGGAUAAACAUGCACUCGUGAGGUUUUCAAGGACCUGAAAUAGCACUCGUCCAUCGGUAUCCUGCUAUAUUGAGGUCUUUGAAAAACUCGUGCAUGUUAUAUCCAAAUUGCACUCGAAACCAUGCUAUUACCUAUGCGAACAAGAACUUGUGUAGCCAAUCAGAUACCUCAAUAACCUGGCUUUCGCCAGAGCCCAUCAUCGCACAAUCAGAUUGGGUCCUUAAGGUAACAACUUAGUUUUGAGAUCCAGGACAUGUUUACAUUUCACCUCCUUGUCUUGACACGUUUAUGCGUGAAAAAUAAGUUGCUGUAUUCAAUUCUGGUCAUCCUGUUCAUGUACAAGUUGGUACCAAUGUCCUUUCACGUUCAUUUCAUUUCCCUUGAAAGCGUCUGUGCUUAUUUCUUCGAGGAAGCAUAGUAAUGUGUUUUUGGAGGAAAACAAAACGGAUAAUAAAAUUAGGUAGACACGUUUCUGACUGAUUAUGAUUUAUUAAACAAGCUUUUCACCACCUUACUGUUGUCUUAGCAGGUGCAAAAGAGCUGAACUAUGGUAAUAUGUUAAAAAGAGUAUGUUAAUAAAGCUAUAAGUCUAGGUGAAUAAGAAGUAAUUAACGAUUGCAUUGUUUGCCGACAAGAUAAACGUAUUUUUUCAGAAGCAGCUUAAAAUUAUUGCCUGAAUUUUCAACUAAGACAGUAUGCGAGAUUGUUUUUCGUGUUCUAAAGUUGGCGGUGUCGAUAAUUACUUUUGAAAAGAGGAAAAUUAUUAACACUGGAAACUUUAGAACAAGAAAAAAAUCGAAUACUUGCAUACCGCCCAGAUUGAGAUAAUAAUUCUAUAAUAAUUCUAAUCUUGUUCGCAAACAAAGCAAUCAAUAAUUACUUGCUAUUUACGUAGUCUCUUAGCUCUAUUAACAUACUUUUUUUUAAAUAAAUACAUAAUUUCACUUAUUUUGUCUAUUUUUAUCUGGUCCAAAGCUCGUUUAAUUAAUAUUAUUAUAUGCCAAACACCAUUUCCGCUGAAAUGGCGGACAGAGAUUGGCUAAAAAGCACUUUCAAUGAUUCAUUAUUUUGCUUUUUGUGACUUUGAUUUAAUGUAAAAUUGCAACGCUUCGUAAAAUGUUUUGAAAUGUUCAUUUAAGACAACUAAACUACAUUUGCCGAUAAACAGUUUUCACUCAAUGAAACAUAAUACAGUAAGUUUAAUACAAAUAAAACAAUUUUUUAGGUAAUUUUUUGUUCAGUCUUCAAAUCAAUUUGUUCUCCUUUACAUUUUAAGAUUUUUUUCUCAAAUUAAACGGUAAUUUAUGAUUUUACGAAACUUAGAGCUUCAUUAAAAAGGAAAACAGUUCAUGUUUCUUAGGCAAAAAGUAAAAGCAACAGUACAAAAUUCGUAAACGUUAUUAAAUAUUAGAAGCAAACUUGCCGUAUAUUUCACGACUUCCCAUAAUAAAUCAAUUCUUCUCAUUUCUUCAAACAAAAUUGCUUCAAGCUUGUUGUAUACGAAACGAUUUUCCAAAUAUAUGUCUUUUAAAAUUGAAAUCUUGCUUAUUGGGCUCCUACAAGCAAUCAGCCAUAUUUUUGAGAUCAGUGAGGAUGACCAGCCACACAACAUCGUUGGUGACCGACGCGCGCGAUAAUUGAUGAAAUUUAGACUUCGCUAAUGCUUUCGUUUCCCCGGGGGUAAAUAGCGGGAUAAGUACCCGCCCCGGGCUUACGCCCGGGACGGCGCAGCGCCGUUGGCUCGGGGAUUAUCGUGAUUUGUUACAUGUUCCAAAUUAUCGAUGCAUGAACCUUGAGUCAAACAAUAGCGGGAUUUUGUAAUCAUGAAUAAUACUGUAUUGCCAGAAAAUAUGAUACACAUUCGAUAUUUUCAAGAGCGCAACGUCACCAGCGAUGCAAUUUAUUGCAAGUAUAAUAGAGCGACUAAAUUUGACUAAAAUUGCACUGACACCAAGUUUAAUCAAUGUAUUAAGUACUGUACAUGUUUAAUAAACGACCAGCAGUGUUUUGUACUAUUUUUACGCGUAGGAGUGUUUUAUCAUAUCUAAAACGCGAGGCGCAUCACGACUACAAAAGAAUACUAAUUAGGAUGAACUAUUAUAUAAUCAUACUAAUUAGGAUGAGUUUCAUCAGAUAUAAAUUUACUCCACGUGACAUGUUAUGGCAGACAUGAUUUGCCACAAGGUUUAUGAAUUAUUAAUAAGUGAUUGAAAUUAGGUUUAAAGCCAGGAACGCGCAGCGCGAGUGGCUUUAGACCUAAUAAAACACGACUUGCGAAUUUAUUAAACGGCUUCAAACACGACUAACAAUUCAAUAUAUAUACUGGUUUAUUAAUAUUCUUUAUAUAAAGCAUACUAAUGAGGACAUGACUACAAUAGAUACUGCCUUAUUAGUAUUCUUUAUAUAAAGAAUACUAAUUAGGAGUGUUUUAUCAGGUUUAAAGCCACUGCACGUGACAUAUUAUGGUUGACAUGAUUUGCCAAUGAGCUUAUAAAUUAUAAAUUAUUAAUGAGUGUAUGAAGUGGAGGUGUGGGAAGAAUUAGGGUGUGGAGGAUUAUGUUAUUUAUCACUCCCCACAUGUAUGUAUUAGUAUAGGUAAUCAUGCGAUGGCGAGUACAAUUAGGGAUUAAUAGUACGUGUCAUGUUUGGAAAUUUUGCCAAAAUUAGACGGUCCGCCGGGGAGAGUCCAAUUUGGCAAAUUUCCAAACAUCACGAGUACUAUUAAUCCCUAAUUGUACGAGCAACAUCGCAUCAUUACUUGUUUACGUACUUGUCAAUGUCAACAUCGUAUUCCAUCGCCAAAGCCCAGUCCUGCGAGACUUUCAACCAAAAUUUGCUGCUUUUCUUUGUAUUUUCAUUUAAUUAUUUUCUUUAAACAAAAUUUGGUGCUUUUGUUCGUACUUUUAUCUGGUUCCUCGACUGCAAUUUCAUUUCACGCUUGUGUUUAAAAUACCUUUCCGCCAUUUUGUUUGCUUUGGGAAAAUCAUUAAUUGUACUGCAGUACAAUUAAUGAAAUAAUUGUACUCCUCUCAACCAAUCAGGAUCCAGUAAUUUUGUCAUACUAAUAAUAAUCGUCAUAAAACAACAUUGGGCAAGUUGGGAGAAAGAGACGCGCUUCUUUCCACGCACCUCUCGAAAUAAUCUUCUGUAACCAGUGUCUUAGUCCUCAAAGAAGUUUUUCCAGACUAUUCAAGAUAUCGUGAAAAGUUAUUAGAUCUUCCUCCCACCUCUUUCGAAACUUGAACCUUUAACUUAAAUGUUCCCUGCCUUGUUGUUGAAGAGGAUACGAGUUUUCCAAUCGUUUUGAGGAAAUGACGCACAAAAAAUGUGGCAGAAUUUUAUAUACAAAGACGCUUAGCACGUUGUGGUUAUGUGAUAGCACGAGGUGACCAUUCUAGUAGCUCUGCUUGAUGACUGUCACGUCUAAACUUGCCCAAUCUUGUUUUAUAAUAUUAUUGCGUACAUAAUGAGUGACGUCAUACAUGCAUAAUGCACCACACCUUUCCUUCUUCUCUUUCUUCCACCCUUUUUCCCACCUCAUACCUUUCUGCUCACCUUAUGAAUUUUAAUUAACUGACUCUACCUCCACCUCCUCCUCUCUGCAUAUACACUGUGCAGCAACCCUCUGCCACGACAUUUUACGCUUAUAAUGACGAGCCACCUCAUUUGUCGCUUCAAGAAAUUGACUCAAUGGGACCCUAUAUUAGUGCUUACAUCCCCUGACAAAUACUAUUCCAGAGUAGCGAUGUGAUUGCAUAUUACUGAGUAUUUCAAAACUACGUUUUGGUUCUUAGCCAUUAAACCUGUACUUUGUUCGUAAUUUAGAAAAUGGUAUUUGACUGACCGACUUUAGAUCCAUAGUGGGAUAUGCCUUUAAAGGACAGUAUGUUUUAUUUCAACACAUAAAUAAUUAUUGCUUCCUUUCCUUUCAACACAGGUGCUCCUACAGAGUUAGUACAAGGUAAGAUUACAUUUAACAUGUCCAAAGAAUUUUCGACAAUUCCAAACUCGUGAUAUUCCGCACCUUUUCACGAAAUUAACAAAAAGCCGCAGGCUCAUGUUUUUAAAAAGAAAUUAGCUCUUUAUGGCAAACACGAUUGGAAUGUCUGCACAAGCAUCCUUUUUCUAUUAAGUCAAGAUUCCACAAUACAAGAAAUUCGCCAAUAGUCAUUCGAGAAAUUCGCCAAAAUUCAGACACCCCUAUAUCUGGAUACAAAAUAUACACUGCUGUCUGAAAUUCAGACACCACUAUAUCUGUGUGCAAGAUAUAGGAGCGACUGAAAGCCAGAGACCCGUAGAUCCUGUAUCUCAGCAUAGGGGUGUCUGAAUUUCAGGCACCCCUAUAUCUGGAUACAAAAUAUACUGGUAUUUGAAUCUUUCAUCUUAUAUCACAGAAUCUUUAUACCUUAUAUCUGGAUGAAAAAUAUAAGGGUAUUGUAAAUUCAGACACCCAUAUAUCUGAAUUCAAUAUAUAGGGGUGUCCGAAAUUCAGAGAUCUGUAUAUCUUGUCUCCCAACAUAGGGGUGCCUGAAUUAAAGACACCCAUAUAUCACGAGGAUACAAAAUAUACUAGUUUCUGAAAUUCUACUUUUAAUGACCGCUGGGAAAUUAUACUAUCGAAUACCUUCCUUGCUCUAUUAGACACAAGCAUAGAAUACCAUGAACAUAGCAUGUAAGACACACAGUACAAGCUACAACACCGUACGUACAAACUUACGAAAGCAGACACAUUAUACGUAAAAUACACACAACUAUCCUUAUUCGCACUCAAUAGAUCUACCAAACGACUCAAACGGCUAGAAAAACACAUCCAUCAAAAAAGUACAAACAGUAAACAGAAAGUCUUAGGUCACCCAAACUAAUACUAAAAAUAAGUAAAUUGAAACACAUAACAAAAAACUAACACCAUCCGAUAAUUCACAAGUAAGCACAGUGGCGUAGCUGGCUAAAAAAAUCGUCCCGCCGAAGGCGGACCCCUCGCACCGAAGGUGCGACCUUUCUAGAGGGGUUCGGGGGCAUGCCCCCCCGAGAAAAUUUGAAAUCUAGAACCUCGGAAAUGGCAUUUCCUGCUAUUUCGACGGUGGAAGUAUGUCACUAAACAAAGUUUCCAUACACCCCUAACAGGAGUAUUUUCCCUUUAUAUUGCCCUCUGCACUGAGUCUGCAGCACAACGAAUAAUUUUAAUUAUUAAAAUUGAUUAAAAUCACUACACCUCGUAUGUCUCAAGCACCGCGUAUGAUGUUGAAACCACAGCAAGUAGUUACAGCACUGCGUAUAAUGAUAAAACCACUGCGUACAAUGCUGAAGGUACCGCGUAUAACGUUAUACCGACCGCGUAUGUCUCAAGCACCGCGUAUGUUAAAAGCACCUCGUAUAAUGUUGCGUGUAACCCAUAUAUAAUGUCAGAAUCAUCGCGUAUAAUGCUCGAACUCGAAGCACCGCGACGACCGCGUAUAAUGUAAAGAGCCCCUCGUAUAACGAUAAAAUCACCACAUAUAUAAUGCUAAAAGCACCGAAUGAAAUGAAAUUCCGCUAUCACUUUCUAUAAGGUUCGUCACGCUGGUUGAAGCCAUUGCAUACAAAUCACAAAAGCAAUAUCAAAUAUGAUAUGAAUAGUAAUAUGAUGACCUACCACCGUCACAGUCGUGAAUACUCGCGCAGAAGCUUCGUCAGAAAGGUUUGAAUAUUAACAACCUCCGCCUUCAUAAAAUAGCGGGACUUCGGCAUUAAAAACAACCGUUCUGGGCAUGCGCUGCGCCAAUUAUCCAACCAGAAACCAGAAUUUCUUGUAUAAGAUAGUAUUGCAUAUUCCGCCACAUGAAAAUCAGCGGAACACGAGUCAUGCGAUUCACGAAUUGCGUGAGUAAGCAAUAAAUUGCGUGGAAAUUAGCUAAUUCUGCAGGGUAUCAGUUACUAGACAACAAAGAGGUCAAAGAGCAGACAGCAAUAUUGCGUAAACUUUAAAUAAAUGACAAAUGAAAGCACUGAAAAAUGAUCAUAAUUAAUAUUUAAAUUUUCAGAAUAAGCAAAGCUGUGAUUUUGGGUUCACUAUAAAACAUUUACUCGUUUUUUUGGAAAUUGUUAGUCCCGCCCGGCGGGACAGCGGGACCGCUAGCUACGCCACUGAGUAAGCAUUGCAUAACAACCACAAAAACAAUCUCGUUCCCCGAGCCUGCGAUCCCCGGGAAGGAACGCGAGGCCUUGGGAUAAUCCGUUUCAGGGAGGAACCUGAUUGGCCAUUGAAAUGGAAUUCGUAGUUCAAUUUUAGCCAGGAUUCCUGGCUUCCGGCAACGGAUUAUCCCAGAGCCUCGUGUUCCUUCCCGAAGAUCGCAGGCUCGGAGAACGAGAUUGCCACAAAAACAAGGCUUAACCAUACACACACACCACCUAGCAAGUACACCUAGCACACUCCAAGAAGUGCACAUACCUCAUACCAAUACAUCAAAUACACAACAAACUACUUUCUACAGCCACAUAUAUACAAACCCAUAGGCAUAUACACAUACACCACCUUGCAAACAGCCCGGUGCAAAGUAACACUAGUACUACAACCAAUUACACCACGCCACAACACUCUUAUAACUAUAAUGCAUACAGAAAUAAUGGAAUUCGACCGCAUCCACCAACACACAUUCCUACAACGUUUCUCAUGCAAAUUCAAACAACCUGUUCUACAACUCAACCCCCGGUAAAACCUACCCCUGCGAAACGUCCUCAAAUACCAAAACUACGAGUACCACGACGCUCACGGCACCUUACAACACACAACAAUCAAAUUCCAGUAUUUUUCAACAACAACACAGAAGUUGACAGAAACACACACACCUACUAACAUUCGCCACUGGCAGCAUAUCUUCCCAGAACGCACAAACAGAUAAUUAAUAUCCCACACAAUUAACAAGACCCAAGCGUACAAUCACAGAUAGAUCUUUUUCCACAUCCAACACAAAUAUGAAUACUAAUAAAUACAAAAAAACGCUGUGCUCAAAUUGAUAAAAUCACGACGCAACACCAAAUAUAACAGACACUUUGUAAAAACAAAUUACACAAAAAGAUAUACAACAACCUACAAUAUAGAACUGUUAUCAACCUAUCACAUAAAAACAUUUCGAAAUCCGCACUAACAACUCUAUUCAAACGCUCUUACAUCCCUUCCCCCAAACCGGCACAAUACAAGCAACUUUCUAACUCUUUCUUUUAAAAUUAAAAUACAGAAAAAAACAUGCACAACAGGUACUUCUUCAGACACAAAACAAACACAUACAGACACAGGGGUCCAACUAAGAGCUGUGUUAUGAAUAUGAAUAAAACAUUAAUUAAACGUAAUAUGAAUAAAACAUCAUAACGUAAUAAAUUUAAAGUAUUGCACUUACUUGUAUAAAUCAUAAGUGCUUGUAUUUCCAGUGAAUAGCCUCAAACAGGGCGCUUAUAUAUGUUCAGAAACAUUGCUUCGACAGAUUGUUCAAAUAUGGCAAAUAAAUUGACAAAACGAAAAUAUUACAUGACGUUCCAUCGAAAAUAACAGCAGAGAUUGCGGGCGCGUGAGCGAAAAGGGGAGGGAAGAAUUAAAUAAAAGGGAUGAAAAAAAUAUCACGUGACUUUUUAAAAUGCUUCUAGACUAUCCGUUUAAGCUUUUUGUGGGUUUUUUAAGGCUCAGUCGAUGUUCUCUUACAUGAACAAGCCUAGUCAUUACCAAAAAAGCGCUGAUCAAUCUAUGUGAUUUAUAACAGCGAGCAUUCUUGGCCAUUUUUGCGUUGAAUAGAAAUAAAGGUUUUAGGUUAAUAACACCAUGAUCUACAUAAUGUGUUUGUGGUUACUGUAACUUCAAAAGUUGCAGUUUUGAAAUGCAAUGGGAAAUCAAACGCUUUGCUGUAGACUUAAAUAAGAGUCACUCUGUGUUAUUGUUUAUAAUUUAAAUUAUUGUACUGUCUAUUUUCUUCAUAUUUAUAGUCGAUAAAGAAAGCGUUAAGGAAGUGACAUACUUGAUCAGUACUGUGCUUAUUUUCUUGGUAUCGUGCGUCACAUUCUCCAUCGUGUUCACAAUGCUCUCAAUUUCAGAGUAAGUAAAAGUCUAUAUUACAAUGCUUUGAAUUUAACAGAGAACAUUGAAUGUUCUCGAUUAAAAUUCCCGGGAUAGUACGUGUGUGGUUUAGUUGGCUGUCAUCACACUCCAGUGUAGUGCACAUGGAGGGAUCAUUUAAUUUAAACAAAAUAAUCUCAUAGGAUCUCAAUAUUUAACGCCAUAUGCAAUUUGUAAAGUAACGUAUAGAAUUCCUUGAAACCAGUCUAAAUGUAUAUAAAAGAUUACGAUUUAAAAACUCAUUAAUUUGUUUCAUGCCGAUUACGAACACUUUUUGUAAUUGGUUUUCAGAAACAAUUAACUACAAUAGUUAACACGUACAUGCACAACAUUACUCGCACAAGAGCAAUAUGUAUACGUCAGAGAAAAUACAAAAUCUCAUCCACGUUAAAAGUGUCUCAAAACGACGCGUGUUCUAUAAAACUCACUUGUAUAUAUUCUGGCCAAAAGGACAAUGCUAUUUAAUGAAUGAUUCUCAGAAUUGUGACAUAACAAUUUGCAUAGGAAACCAGGACCGUGCGGAUAGGCCCAGCUUCAAACUUCCAAUAUCUGAGAAGAAAUCUGAACAAUAAUCAAUUACUUAACAGCGGCGUGAAUUUAUCCAAAUGAGAUACAAAUGGAGUGAGGGUACUAAUUCCGCCCGGGGAAAAAGAAGCAUAAGCGAAGUCUAAAGUUUAUCAAUGAUCGUGGGCGUGGGUCACCAACCGUGGGUGGUCAUCCUCACUGAUCUCAAAAAUAUGGCUGUUUCCAGGAGUGAGAUAAACAAGAUUUCAAUUUUCAAAAGCAUAUUUUUGGAAAAACACGUUUCACACAAUGAGCGUUGAAGCAAUUUUUGUCUGAAGAAAUGCGAAAAUUUGAUUUACUGUGGAAAAUCGUGGAAUAUAGGGCAAGUUUGCUUUGAAUGUUUAACGUUUAUGAAUUUUAAUUGCUUUUCUGAAACUCUCACUUCUAUUCAUAUUAAAUAAUUUUGUGUUUUUAAUUUAAAUCAAGGAUCACACAAGAGGAUUUUGAUAAUAUUUCCAUUUUAGCUACGUUUCGGAUAGUUUACUAUCCGUCCUCAAGCUAACAAACUGUUCUUAAAUUUGACGUGCACAACUUUUAAACGUUCAUUUUACGCAAGCUAAUUUAAAUUAAACUGCGUACGUGCGCGCACGCGCGCGCUCGUUUUCCUUACUAAAGUAUUUGUUUAAUAUUGGUUUCCAAGUCAUCAAUGUUUCAAACUGUUUAAAACUUUCUUUUUGUUUUGUCUUACUCUAAGAAACUCGAUUCCUUCUAUAACUUUCCGCUGUCUUAAUCUAUAUUCAUGUCUCAAUAUUCGCGUGUUCUCCCAGUCUAUAUCUUCCCUACACUCUAUACUGUGCCUUGCUAAACCUCCGUCUUCUUUCCCCAUUCGUUCUUCUGCCACCGCCACCCGUUCAUUUCUCAUAUCCUCGUUUGUUAAUCUUACUUUGUUCUCGUGUUCCUUCUUUUUCACCUUAAACAACCUCGAUGUUUCUUCUACAUACACCGCUUUCUUGCACUUGCAUGGGAUCUCGUAGACAACAGAUUUUUGUUUUUCGCCAAGCGGUUCUUGAGCCCUCGCCUUCAAUUCCUUUAUUUUAUUAACUUUGUUCACCACUUUCACUUUCGAAUCUGUCUACAGCUACCAUUAUCCGUCCUUUAUCUACUGGUAAGAAUACUUUUCUUUUAUCUUGUAAAUCCUUCUUUUUCCGUCUAACUCUUUUUUCGUGAAAUUCGUUUUGGAAAUAAGACGGUUUUACAAGAUAAAAGAAAAGUAUUCUUACCGGCAGAUAAAGGACGGAUAAUGGUAGGUAUGGACAGAUUUCAAGGUGGAGGUCACCAUGCAGAACGGUUAAAACCAAAGGGUUGUCAUGCCCCCAGGUUAUCAGGAUUGCCAAAAAUCCACAAAGAUAGUGUUCCAUUGAGAGGUGUGGUCUCAACGGUAGGAUCGCCUUUGAAAAACUGUCAAGAUUUGUCAUUUCAAUUCUGAGAACAAUUCAGGGAAGAAGUGGAUUUUAUCUAUAAAAUUCGCGAGAAUUGAAAGAAAAAGUUAAGAACUGGCGUGUGGAGAGAAACGAGAUUCUUGUGAGUUAUGAUGUGAAGAAUUUAUAUCCAUCGAUCCCAAUAGAUGAGGCAUUAAAAUUGAUUGAAAAGUUGUUAAGGGAAAGUAAAACCUUAGUAAAUAUAACUGACUUAACCGUACAGUCGGUAAUGGAAAUAUUGGAAUGAAUGUUUGGCUUGUCUUAUUGUGAGUUUGGCGGCAAGCAUUACGUAUUAGAAAGUGGAGCAAUUGGUCUUGGAGUAACUGGUGAGGUCGCCAUAAUCUAUAUGGAAGAGUUUCAAAUUCGUACAAUGCAAACAUCUCCAUAUCCCCUCGAUCAAUGAUAUUGGUAUGUAGACGACAGUGAAAUGAAGUGCAAGGAACAUCAAUCCGAAGAAAUCCUCGAACACCUGAAUAGCAUUAAACCAGACUCCAUUGUAUUCACGAAAGAAAAUCAAGUAGAAGAAGCGUUGCCAGUACUAGACUUGAAACAAAAAGUGGACAGGAAAACGAAACAAGUCGAGUGUAUGGUUCAUUAUAAGAAGACACAUACCAACAUCAAUGUUAAAGCGAAAUCAAAUCAUCCUCCUUGUAUGAAAAAAGGCAUCAUCAAAGGAUUUGCAGACAGAGCGCGAGCGUUAUGUGAUAAGAAACGCCACGAAGAAGAACUAAAGAACGUAGAAGAUGUGUUUGUGGCAAAUGGUUUCGAAAGACAAAAGGUUCGAGAAUACAUGCAAGAAGAUAAACGCGAAAGGAAUGAGUCGGGAGAACAAGGAUAUCGAGGAAUGAUAACAGUACCUUACAUCCAGGGCUUACAAGAACAAGUCAAAAGAUUAGCUUCCAAACAUUCAUUUCGGACGACAUUUAAACCAGGGAAUAAAAUAAGGUAAUUCAAGGCGAGGGCUCAAGAUGCGCUUGGCGAAAAACAAAAAUCUGUUGUCUACGAGAUCCCAUGCAAGUACAAGAAAGCUGUGUAUGUAGGAGAAACGUCGAGGCUGUUUAAGAUGAGAAAGAAGGAACACGAGAGCAAAGUAAGCAGGUGCCGCCGAGAAGGGGGGCAGGGGGGGGGCAAAUUUCCAUUUAAUGUUAGAAAUUUAAUGGGCCCCAGUCAUUUUUUCGGGCGAAAUAUUUCUGUUUUCGGGCCAAAAUAUUCGUGUUUUGGGGACAAUGAACUGAAAUUUGGUAUGGAAAAUUGCGGAAAAGUCCAACGAAAGCAAUUAUAACGCACCUAAAAAGAAAUUAUUGUCCGAAAAAUUUUUUUCCCGAAAUUUUUUUUGCAAUAGGGGCGCCUAUAAAAUUUUUUGCCCCGGGCCCCCGCCAAGCUCUCGGCGGCCCUGAAAGUAAGAUUAACAAACGAGGAUAUGAGAAAUGGACUGGUGGCGGUGGCAGAAGAACGAAUGGGGAAAGAAGACGGAGGUUUAGCAAGGCACAGUAUAGACUGUAGGGAAGAUAUAUAGACUGGGAGAACACGCGACUAUUUAGACAUGAAUAUAAAAAUUAAGACAGUGGAAAGUUACUGAAAGAAUCGAGUUUCUUAGAGUAAGACAUAGCAAAAAGAAAGUUUUAAACAGUUUUGAAUCACUGAUGACUUGGAGACCAAUAUUAAACAAAUACUUUAGUAAGGAAAACGAACGCGCGCGUGCGCACGCAUGCAGUUUAAUUUAAAUUAGCUUGCGUAAAAUGAACGUUUAAAAGUUGUGCACGUCAAAUUUAAGAACAAUUUGUUAGCCUGAGGACGGAUCGUAAACUAUCCGAAACUUAGCUAAAAUAAAAAUAUUAUCAAAAACCUCUUGUGUGAUCCUUGAUUUAAAUUAAAAACACAAAAUUAUUUAUGAAUUUUGUUGCUUUAAUUUUAUAUUGCGGAAAACAUAAUGAAGCUGUAUUAAAGAUUGCUAAAUUACCCUGUUUUAUUUAAGAAAAAAAGGUAAAAUGUAAAGGAGAGCAAAUUAAGUUGAACACAAACUUUUUGUAAAGUAAAAACAGUUUCUGGGAAAAAGCAGUUUAUAGGUUAAUUAAUAUUAAAAUGAACAUUUCAAAACAUUUUACGGAGCCUGCGUUCACUGUUGAUCAAUUACUAAUACUUCAUGUUAAAUCAAUGUUUGGAAAAUACAUGCGAGGGGUUGCUGCAUUCAUGUAUUUCUAGUAUUGGUAUAUAACUACGCUUUGUGGUGGCACAGUCGUCAGAGCAAGGGGUUAGGAUAAAACGACGAUACGGCAUUACCAGAAAUAUGGGACAUUUUGCUCCCGCUUUUGUAGUCAGCGGCUAAGUCCGUUUUAUAUGCCCAACAUUGCCUAAUAUAAAUCAUACGACUUCGCAUUUUACUUUGAAUCUCCAGUUCAAGUAUUAUUCAACCAAAAACUGUGAUUUUAAACUAUAUUUUGCAGUUUUUGCUGAUCACUUCCGGUACUUUGACCUUUAACCCCGCAAAUUUUUAUCAAGACUAAAAAUAUUGCAAAUAUCCUAAAAAAUCCUAAAAUAUCCCUGUGUUUUUACGUGAGAGCCUGGGAUCUAGUCCUUCAAAAUAAACAAGAAACAUGGCUGCUCGAAACAGCUCAAAUUUGUAUUAAAACUUGUCGUUUUUAGUGUGAAGUUUCUUCGAAACUUCACAGUAUUGUGAUGGUGGGGAAAAUUCAAACGAAACAGUCAGUCAGUCAGUCAUACAGUAAACUUUCCGGGGGGCGUGUACGAUUUAUGUUCGUAGUGAUUUAUUGUGCUUAGUCAGUACUUUGAAGGUUAUUUAGGUAAUUUCAGUUAACUUAUUUACAUAUUUUGUUAUCCUUUUACCAACUUCACAAAAAUUUCGAGCAAUCACUUUCGUUAUUGUAAUUCUUUGUAAAUUUUAGAACAUUCGCUUCUCAUGUAUUGUAAAGGAUCUUUACCCCGGAACACCCGAUUUUUCUUUAGUAGCGCAAAUGCGCAUGCGCUAUCAAGCCGUAGAUCACGAUGGCGUGACGAUAUGCUAGGAAGGAGUGACAGUGUUCAGAUGUAUAAACAUUUCAGACGUGAAUAUUGAGUAAAUCUUUGAAAAUCUACGCAAUAUAUAAAUUGAUCUUAUGCAUUACGCCGGCCGUUCAAUUAAUAAGUGUUGAUAAUAUUUAGGCGGUAUAUUCAUUAUACAGAGCUAGGAAGGAGCUAGACCGCCUAGACAGUGGCAGUGCAUUUAAGACUCAAGUGUAUAAACAUUUCAGACGUAAAUAUUGAGCCGAAAAUCUUUGAGAUUCUAGGCAUUCAAUUGAGUGCUGAUAUUAUUUUCACGGUAUACCCAUUAUACAGGGGUACAGUAUGAACGAAGAAGCGAGACAGUGUUGUUUUUCAAAUAUAUAAACAUUUCAGACAUGAAUAUUGAGAAAAUCUUUGAGAUUCUACGCAAUAAUAUGAUAUAUAAAUUGAUGAAUAUGGUUACCGGCGUUCAAUUAAGUGCCCAUCGAUAGACGAUAUUAUUUAGACCGUGUAUUCAUUAUACAUUGUUAUUUGACUGUAUAAGGUGCCACAUCACAGAAUAGUACACUCAGGCAAAGAGCGAAAAAUUGCAUCAAAUCAAUAAAGCAUCAACAACUAUUAAACAGAAGCGAGCGUACAGGCGUUUAUUGCGAGACGAAGGAAAUUAGUUGAGUCAGAGCUCCUUAUUUUAAUAAGAAAGACGAGGAGAUAGCCAAUACGUUAUCGCCAACGGGUUAUCGCCAAUCGCUUGGCUCACCAAGAAGCUUUAUGCAAUGGAAGAAAAAAGCAAGGAGGUACAUGUAGCCAACGUGUACUGUCGCGGACCUUGUUUACUGUCUAGCACAACGCCGUUGUCAACGGUGCAAAUUCGUGUUCAGUGCAACGUUAACUCUACCAGAUCUUACGAGAAUUAAUCUGUAGUAUUCUGUACACAGAACUGUAUCAAAGCUUGUCAAAACUGCUUUAAACACUGCUAUAACUGUGAAACUAUUGAAAUCUAAAGUGACAUUAUUCAAAACAUGCGAAAAGUUAAAAAUAGACACAACGUGACACUGGGAAAAGUCAAAGGUCAAUGCGGACUUGUUAUUGUAAAAAUGUCACAAUUAGGUUAAAAUGCGGAAGCGGAUGGAGCGGACCACAGAACGGAAAUGCGAAAAAAAUACGGGACGGAUGAAGAUAAAAUGCUUCCUUUCAAUGAUGUAACGACGUAGUGCUUAUUAUUUAUAACAUAUCGUAUGCAUCUAUUUCAAUUAUAAGUUUGCAGUGGCCUUGUGCGGAUGCUUUUAUUAGCGACAGCUGCAAUUGAAAUUUCGAAUUGUCGCGUGUAGCAUCACAAUAAAUAGAUAAAUUGUAUCAGUUUCACAAAGCACGUUUCUGAUGUGUUAGGCUUGUUUCAAACGUCACGCUACUCGUGUGUCGAGCGCAUUAAAAGUAAUAUAUAAUGAGAUGAAAUGCCGUUGGUGAUUGUUUAUUUCGUAGUGUAAGACAUCAGCUUUUCUAGGUUGUCAGCGACCCUAUAUAGUUCUUGCAGAAUCUUUUUCAAUUUGAAACUUCACACUAUCCUUGGAUCCCUAGUUGGAUAUUAAGAUGGCUUAAUGGCGACAUACAAGAACCGUAAAAAGGCGAACUUUUACACGUUUCGGGAACUAGUUUCCCUGGCAAUUACAGCGGAUUUAUUUAGCUAAAUUAACAGUUUGGACAUCAUUAAAUAUAUCGCGAGCUCCGCACUUCGCAUCGUCCGAAUGGAUGUUGGUCUAUUCGUCGGAUAUUUACCUCUUGUGUCACAAGUUUACUAUAAAUUACACUAUGAAAUUCAUCGAAUUGCGUGUAAAAAUACAACAUUCUCAGGAACCUGCUAGACGCGAUGCAAUACUAGCGAUUUUUGUUUAGAAAUAUUGCUUGUUCGUGUCGCUACUAUAAUCGAGCUCCGCACCAAUAAAAUAUUUAAACAAAGUAUACUAAAAUUUGAUAUUUUGAUCAACUCCCAUAUAGUUUAUAGUAAUAUUUGGUCGCCAUAUUUGGUCAAAGUGCGCAUGUCCGUCGCCAUCUUGUCCCAUAUUUCUGGUAAUGGACGGAUGGAUGGCUUAUAUUCUCGUUAAAUGUAAUUUAAGAGUCGUAUCCUUGUUUUGUCAGUAUGAUAUUACUUUCUUAACUAUAUGCUUAUCCUAACCCACUCUUCCAAUUUGCCCUGUGGGAGAAAACUGGAGCGCCCGGAAAAAAUCGGCAGAGCGUUGACAGACUCAUUUCACAUGAGUCCGUAGGGAGAAUCGAACCCAAGAUCUCAGACGCGAUAGGCACUUGGUCUGAGGGUAACGAAGAAGCGCGGCUACUGAAGGACGGAUGGACAAACGGACUGAUGGCUUAUAUAUUCACGCUAUAUGUCAUUUAGCCGUCAUAUCCGCGUUUUAUCCAAAAGGAUAAAAUGCUGAUAUGGUUCAGAAAACAUUUUUCAGCCCUUUGUAAGUCAUAUCCGCGGAUAUGACUUAUAAAGGGCUGAAAAAGUUGUCUAAACCAUAUCCGCGUUUUAUCCUGUUGCCGAUUGUUGUAGAGAUAAAUAGUCUAGGCUAAGUAAGUAACAUAAGUAAGCGGUCGUUGAAAUACCUCAAUGGGGAGUGAGCUGAACAAUAAUGUAAAAUGAUGUAAUGUAAUAUAACGCUGUAACAAAUGGCAUUGAUAACUCGGAUGUAAAAUUGUGACCAAAUUUGGUAUUAAAAUGUUUACGUGAUAGUCAUGUAAACUUAGUGUCAUGUUAUUUUAGUAUGAGAUCAAACUAUGAAUCAUGUAUAUGAGUAAAUUGUUAAACACGUCCGCAUGUUGAAUCCUAAACUUAAUCUAUAUCCCCGAAUCUAACCAAUAAUUAAUUUUAAUCUAAGUCUAAUCGAAAUUUCCCUCGACUCCUGACCUAACUCCAUUGUAAGGCCAUUACCUUAAUACACAAAUGUCUUGUCUAACGCAUGUUGUUUUGUGUGUAGCCGUGAUAAGUUCAGACGUAUUUGACAAUUUACAACAUAGUAAAUUGAAAGUUUGAGCACGCGUAGAUUAUUCUGAUACUGCAGAGCCAGGGCCGGAGCUACGGGGGGGGGGGAGUGUGACACCCCCAGAAAUUCUAUUCCAAACUUCAGUCGGCAGGACUGCUAUUUCAGUCGGCAGACAAAAAUAUUUUGACGAAUAUAACUGGUACCGAUAUGAUUUUCACAUGUUAAAUUUUCACCUGUUAUAUAAGAAACCGAAAUUUUGGUUACUCAAAAUUUACUCAGCAGGAUAAUCAUUAUAAUCGGAGCGCGGUUAGUAAAACAAGCCCAGAUUGACAGUUAAACCACAUAGCGAUACAAAGUAUAUGUAGCAAGUUUGAUAGGUAGAACCGCUGAACACAAUAUAUUGCUGCCAAAAACUCAAUUAUCAGAUAUGGCGAUCUAGAACAGGCUUUAUUUAGAGCACAAUGGGCGUAACUUCAGGGAUCGCGGAGCAGAGGGGUGGGGGGCAACAAAUUCCGUACAUAUGUAAUUUUUAUAAACUAAGAAUGCUGAAAUCUUUCAGAUAAGUUAACAAUAUAUUUAUAACUUAUUAGUACUUAUUAGUGUAAGUAUUCAAUCUAAUUCUCAUUGGAUUAAACAAAUGACGGGUAAUGUUAGAUUAAGGUCCCAGUUACACGAUACCGGAUUCGUAUCGGAGCGACAUCAAGUUAAGGUGUUUUCCAGUCUUGUCUGUUAUUACAACUUUUCAUAUAUGAAGGUUUUGUUUAAUUAUGUUGUAUUAUCAGAAUUUCAAGUGCCAAAUUCACCUCGAGUAAAAUUUAAUGUCGCUCGAUGCGAAUCCGGUAUCGUGUAACUGGGGCCUAGGAGUCGUCUAUUAAGAAACUUUUUAACAGCAACUAGUAAAUUUGAUUGCAUUUCCGCGGCUCUGGGAGGUCUCAGAUUUCAACAUUUCCCGGGGGAGCCUUUCCCCGGACCCCCUGACAAACUCACUCCUUCGACGUUCGCUAUAGCCCCCUUAAUUCAAAAAUGGCUCCGUAGUUAACCUCCAUCGGAAAUUCCACAAGCUUACAUGGCUGGCAGGUGGUCGGUGCAAGCUCGUUCGUCAGUCGGUUGAAAUGAUCUUACACCCCCCCCCUGAAAAAUUGCCUGGGGACGGCCCUGUGCAGAGCACAACGAAAAAUUUGUUGUGUCGAGCGAAAUAAAUUGAGCUCGAAUUUUCGGUUUCCAGAGCGUUGCAAUGUUUUUGCGACAACUUAACGCUUGUCUUGAACGACGCGCAGUGUUUUGAAUUCUAAUUCAGGACCAUCCUCGAAGAUUUAAAAAAAUAGUUUGAUAUUAUUCUGUCACAUGUAGAGUAAAACGAAAAAUUCGUUAUCUCGAGUGGGAUUCGAGCUCCUAUCCUCGCGUUUCUUGACCGCGCCUCAACCCAUUGAGCUUUAAAGUGUGAAAUUAUAGAAUCAAUGGCGUAACGGAACCUUUGUGGGAGGCGGGGCCUUUAUUUUUUUCCGAAUAAAGUUGACGAGCGGCAGUGGUGGUGGGGGAAAGAGGGAGGAAAAAAUUUCCCCGAACCAUAUUCAUUGAAAAAUCAAGUUCAAGUCACAAAAAUUUUCUCCCAUCCAUGUCUACUAAAAAGAGGGGUCCAAAUUUCGCAAUUUCAAUAUAUUUCUGCUUUUGGUCGUCAUCUGUUGCAAUUUUUCGAACCCUUUAUAACCGAGGCUCGGGUAAAUUUGCCCCAAUGUACCAGCUAUUAUGGUCAUUUUGGCCUUUUUCUGGUGGCGGUGCAGGCGUAGCCCCCCCCCCCCUCCCCACGAGUUUGGACACCCCAGUCACGCUACUUAAUAAAACUGAAACACUGUGCAUCCUCCAAGACAAGCUUUAGUUAGUAGUCGCAUUUAGACCGGUUAAGACUCACUACCAAUCCCUGUUUAAGAUAUGUAUUUUCUGAUAAAUAUACCUGAUUGUUCUUUCCUAGCAUUUGCUUUUUCAUGCAUGUUUUUUUCCUAGCAUUUGCUUCUUGUUCUUUCCUAGUAGCACUUGAUUUUUCCUAGCAGUUGCUCUCGCUGCCCUCCUGUCUUGUGCACCCAUGCAGGCGAUGAAGUAAUUUGAAACUAGUUUUUCAUAUUUCUGAGGUUCUAAAUAAAUUGUCUGAACCUGUCGUUAUUUUAGGAUCAUACAAAAAAAAAGACAUGCUGGGUUAUCCAAAAGAGUUGAACGCAUUCAACUACAUGGCCAAACAUAUCCCGAUCCAAUCACAGCACCAAGUUAUCGAGGAAGUGCAUCGUUGUCCAAAUACUACGACUAUUAAUUUACUACGACUAUUAAUCUAUUAAUUCACAAAAGCAACAAUAAUGUACCGAAAAUAUAAAUUUAAUUGCACUUGAAUCAUUUUGUUCCAUAACAAUAGAAAAGAAAGACGGAGAUGUGGAAGAGCUUGAUAACUACACAAAUAAUUUUGCACAUUAAUUAUUCGUAAUACUGUUACGCGUAUUAUAUAAUCGUUUCGUAUAUAUGCCACAAUUCUAACAUUUUACUUGAUAUCGGAGUUUGAUAACAACAAUGUAUGACGCAUAGUUAUGGUGACAAGUAAUUAUCAGAGCACAUGAAAAUGUAGAGUAGAUUACGAAAAUAAUAAAGCAGACUUAAUUAGUUAAACUAGAUCUCAAUUAAAGUGGUCGUUUCUCUUUCUAGCUCUUGAAGUUUGGCUCGUGCGCAGGGCGGGAUACUGGAGCAAACAUUGAAAUAACUAUUUUUGACACACUUUGUGUCGUAGUAAAAGCAAAAUGUGUCUUUGUAAAUGGAAAAGUGUGUACUUGAGAAUAAUGGACAAAUAAUUAUGUCGCA